GCCCUAUCAAACCUUCAGGGCGCGCCCUUCCCCCAUGCUCUUUCCGGGCUUCUCCCACUGCGCAGGCGCAGUAGUGAAGCAAGAUGGCGGCCCCCGUGGAUCUGGAGUUGAAGAAGGCCUUCACAGAGCUUCAAGCCAAAGUUAUUGACACUCAACAGAAGGUGAAGCUUGCAGAUGUACAGAUUGAACAGCUGAACAGAACGAAAAAGCAUGCACAUCUUACAGAUACAGAGAUUAUGACUUUGGUAGAUGAGACUAACAUGUAUGAAGGUGUAGGAAGAAUGUUUAUUCUUCAAUCCAAGGAGGCAAUUCAUAAUCAGCUGUUAGAGAAACAGAAGAUAGCAGAAGAAAAAAUUAAAGAAUUGGAACAGAAAAAAUCCUAUCUGGAGCGGAGUGUGAAGGAAGCCGAGGACAAUAUCCGGGAGAUGCUGAUGGCGCGAAGGGCACAGUAGGCAGCCUCUCAGGAACCUCUUCCUUCUGAGCCCUGCCAUUCCUGGUGAGGGGCCUGUGUAGGGAAACUGCUCUGCCUGAGGGACAUUUUAUUUGGAUGGUCUAGUAACCUUAUGUUUUAUGCAUGGCCUGGAGCCCCUUUCAGUCUCAUCCUUGUAUGUUUUAUGCUGGCUCUGCCUGCUACCCUUCUCCCCUGUGGUUGAAUCAUGAACUCCAGGGAAGGGAAGAUGGGAGCCAGGACAGACAGGGGAGUUCUUCCGGGGCCUACUGCUGGUCACGCCGGUCAGACCAAUAAAAGACAUCUGUCCCACUCUACAAAGUCUGCUUUUCUUGAGCUGAUGGAUGAGAACAGAGGACCAGAGAGGCAAAGGGUGUCUCCACCUCACUCCUCCUUGUUGCCUCUCCAGGGCUGUGGCCCUGCUCCUUCUGGAUCGAAGCCUUGCCCUCUUCAUUUCUGUUCCUCUAGGUAAACCCCUCAACUUCUGAGCCUCCAUUAUCAGUAGUAUGCAGAUGAGGGAAAAGGAGAGCAGGCCUGGCUGAAUGCAUGAUCACAACAGUGGUACCUCAGUGGCAGUCUGCCUAGAGUCCUAGUGUCUGACUCUCUGCAGCCCCCAUGGACUGCAGCACGCCAGGCACCUCCGUUCUCCACUGUCUCCUGGAGUUUGCUCAAAUGCAGGUCCAUUGAGUCAGUUAAACAAUAGCCAUUAUUAAAAAUUACAUUUGUAAAUUUACUAUUAUAUUAAAAGUAAGGUUAAUUA